CCUCCAUAUCCUCCUCCUCCGUGUCCACCGCCUCCAUAUCCUCCUCCUCCGUGUCCACCGCCUCCGUAUCCUCCUCCUCCUCCGUGUCCACCGCCUCCGUAUCCUCCUCCUCCGUGUCCACCGCCUCCGUAUCCUCCUCCUCCGUGUCCACCGCCUCCGUAUCCUCCUCCUCCUCCGUGUCCACCGCCUCCAUAUCCUCCUCCUCCGUGUCCACCGCCUCCGUAUCCUCCUCCUCCGUGUCCACCGCCUCCAUAUCCUCCUCCUCCUCCGUGUCCACCGCCUCCAUAUCCUCCUCCUCCUCCGUGUCCACCGCCUCCAUAUCCUCCUCCUCCGUGUCCACCGCCUCCAUAUCCUCCUCCUCCGUGUCCACCGCCUCCAUAUCCUCCUCCUCCGUGUCCACCGCCUCCAUAUCCUCCUCCUCCGUGUCCACCGCCUCCAUAUCCUCCUCCUCCGUGUCCACCGCCUCCAUAUCCUCCUCCUCCGUGUCCACCGCCUCCAUAUCCUCCUCCUCCGUGUCCACCGCCUCCAUAUCCUCCUCCUCCGUGUCCACCGCCUCCAUAUCCUCCUCCUCCGUGUCCACCGCCUCCAUAUCCUCCUCCUCCGUGUCCACCGCCUCCGUAUCCUCCUCCUCCUCCGUGUCCACCGCCUCCAUAUCCUCCUCCUCCGUGUCCACCGCCUCCAUAUCCUCCUCCUCCGUGUCCACCGCCUCCAUAUCCUCCUCCUCCGUGUCCACCGCCUCCAUAUCCUCCUCCUCCGUGUCCACCGCCUCCAUAUCCUCCUCCUCCGUGUCCACCGCCUCCAUAUCCUCCUCCUCCGUGUCCACCGCCUCCAUAUCCUCCUCCUCCGUGUCCACCGCCUCCAUAUCCUCCUCCUCCGUGUCCACCGCCUCCGUAUCCUCCUCCUCCUCCGUGUCCACCGCCUCCAUAUCCUCCUCCUCCGUGUCCACCGCCACCAUAUCCUCCUCCUCCGUGUCCACCGCCUCCGUAUCCUCCUCCUCCGUGUCCACCGCCUCCGUAUCCUCCUCCUCCUCCGUGUCCACUGCCAUAUCCUCCUCCUCCGUAUCCUCCACCACCAUAUGCUCCUCCUCCGUGUCCACCGCCUCCAUAUCCUCCUCCUCCGUGUCCACCGCCUCCAUAUCCUCCUCCUCCGUGUCCACCGCCUCCAUAUCCUCCUCCUCCGUGUCCACCGCCUCCAUAUCCUCCUCCUCCGUGUCCACCGCCUCCAUAUCCUCCUCCU